AUCUCCGCUGAGAAUACUUUUCCUUCAAGGGCCUACCGAGAUCUGAACAAAAUUAUUCUAAUAAGUAUGGAUAGGAAAGAAAAAGGUAGUUUCCUGGGAAGAGUCUUCAUCGUUGAAAUAUUAUCCAUUAUAAACUUCUCCUCAUCCGGUUAAUUAAACUAUCAAACUCAAGAAGAUUGAAUCCAAGUAUUUUCCCUACAACAUAUUUUCUUAUAAGCAUUGAAAAAUAAAGCAGUUCUUCAACUUUCAUCAUUCUAUUUUUCCUGUAAAAGAUUCAAAUCUCGUGCUCUUAUUAGAAUAUCCAUAUGGGUAGUAUGGAUCAGAAUCAACUACACAUUUUUUUCUUCCCCUUCAUGGCUCAUGGCCACAUGAUACCAACAGUAGAUAUGGCAAAGCUAUUUGCUUUUCGAGGCCAUAAAGCAACAAUAAUCACUACUCCUUCAAAUGAACCUCUCAUCUCCAAAACAAUCCAACGAACAAAAGAUAUGGGUUUUGAUAUCAAUAUUCAAAUCCUCAAAUUUCCUUCAGUGGAAGUUGGAUUACCAGAAGGAUGUGAUAACAUAGAUUUUGUUCUUUCAUUGGUUGAGAAUGGUAUGGAAAUGAUAAUUAAAUUUUGGUUAGCCACAGGUAAGCUUCAAGAACCUCUUGAAAAGCUCCUUCAAGAAUGCAAUCCUAAUUGUCUUGUUGCUGAUAUGUUCUUUCCUUGGACUACUGAUGCUGCUGCAAAAUUUGGAAUUCCGAGAUUAGUGUUUCAUGGCACUAGUUUCUUUUCUUUGUGCGCCGGAGAAUCUAUUAGGCUAUAUCAGCCACACAAGAAAGUUUCCACAGAUUCGGAGUCCUUUGUCAUUCCAGGUCUUCCAGGAGAAAUAAAGAUAACAAGAAAACAACUCCCCAGUUUCGUUAGAGAAGAAGUUCAAAAUGAUUUUACUAAGAUUGUUAAAGAAUCUAAAGAGUCAGAGUUGAAGAGCUUUGGAGUAGUUGUAAACAGUUUCUACGAGCUCGAGCAAGCUUAUGCUGAUCACUACAGGAAUGUUUUGGGCAGAAAGGCAUGGCAUAUAGGCCCAGUCUCGAUAUGCAAUAGAGGAAUGGAAGAUAAAACACAAAGAGGAAAAGAAGCUUCGAUUGAUGAACAUGAGUGUUUGAAAUGGCUAAAUUCCAAGAAACCGAAUUCUGUUAUUUACUUAUGUUUUGGAAGUGUAACUAAUUUCACCGACUCUCAACUUAAGGAAAUUGCAAUAGCUCUGGAAGCUGCUGGACAAAAGUUCAUUUGGGUAGUUCGGAGAAACAAGAAUAGUGAAGAAAAUGAAGAAGAAUGGUUGCCUGAAGGUUUUGAGAAGAAAAUGGAAGGGAAAGGACUUAUCAUAAGAGGGUGGGCACCACAAGUGUUGAUUCUUGAACAUGAAGCAGUUGGAGGAUUUGUGACUCAUUGUGGAUGGAAUUCAACACUUGAGGGUGUGAGUGCAGGGAAGGCAAUGGUAACAUGGCCUGUGGGAGCUGAGCAAUUCUAUAAUGAGAAAUUAAUGACUGAGGUUCUGAGAAUUGGGAUUGGUGUUGGCGCUAAGGAAUGGGUUGGGUUCCAUGGGGAUUAUGUUAAAAGUGAAGCUAUAGAGAAGGCAAUUAGUAGAGUUAUGGAAGGUGAAGAAGCAGAGGAAAUGAGAAGCAGAGCAAGGAGAGUUAUGGAAGGUGAAGAAGCAGAGGAAAUGAGAAGCAGAGCAAGGAGGCUUGGAGAGAUGGCGAGACAAGUUGUUGAAGAAGGUGGAUCUUCUUACUCUGAUUUCAAUGCUUUAGUUCAAGAGUUGAGGUAUUAUGGUCCAUGAAGAAUUAAAGAGAACAAGGGAACAAAAUUAAGAUUAUGCGACUAUUUCAAUUCAGUUCUUCUCUUUCAGUUACAUAUGUGCGUAGGAACGCCAAUAAAUGUUUGUUUUAGCUCACUGUAUGGCUAGAUUAGUUGCUUUUAUUGAAGAAAUGUUUGUUUUAGCGCUUUGAUUUACAACUGUUAAUUAUUCUGUAUUUAAUUAUUUAAAAGUAUUUAACCCGAAUAGGGUAGCUCAGUUUCAAAGAGCAUUUGCGA